AUGAGCGUCAAAACUGAAUUCCCUCCCAUCCGAGCAUGUCUCUUCGACAUGGACGGUCUCCUGAUAAACACCGAGGACAUGUACACCCUAUGCGCCAACCAUGUUCUCGCCAAAUACAACCGUCCUCCCCUCCCUUGGUCUAUCAAAGCCAAACUCAUGGGCGUCCCCGGCGGAUCCACCAGUUCCGUCUUCAUAGAUUGGGCCCAACUACCUAUUUCCAAAGAACAGUACGCGUUAGAGCAACGCGAACAACAAAAGCUCCAUUUUCCCUCCUGUAAACCCCUACCUGGCGUUGAAAAGUUGCUCAAGGAUUUGAGUACGGCACGUGAUGUUGAGGGGAAUAAAGUACAUAUAGCGUUGGCGACGAGUAGUGAGAAAUAUAACUUUGGAUUAAAGACUAGUAAAGAAGAGACUAGGAGGUUACUUGAGGUUUUUGGAGAAGGGAGAAGGGUCUUGGGAGAUGAUCCGAGAGUAGAGAAGGGGAGGGGAAAGCCGGCACCUGAUAUUUAUUUGUUGGCUUUGAGGUUGAUUAAUGAAAGUUUGGGGGAGAACGAGAAGCCAAUUCAACCAGAGGAGUGUCUAGUAUUUGAGGAUUCGGUGCCGGGUGUAGAGGCGGGGAGGAGAGCUGGGAUGAAGGUUGUUUGGGUUCCUCAUGAGGGAUUACUUGCAGAGUAUAAGGGACACGAGAAAAAAGUUUUGGCUGGGAGAAUGGGUAUGAUGGUUGGGAAUGAAGAGCAAUUGGGUGAAGUUGAUGACGGUUGCGGCCAGUUUCUUCCCAACUUGGAAGAUUUUCCUUAUGAAACAUAUGGUAUUGUCGUUUCUUAG